AUGAUAAUGAAUGGAGAGGCCCCACACCACACAAGAGUCUCUCUCUUCGCCCCGCAAAGCUUCACUGAAACUAUUUCCAUGAUAGAGUCUCUUCCCACAACCCAGAAACUCCACAAGGUCGACGCUGAUCGCGAUGCCUUGAUGAACAUACCGCCGACCACUGUGACCCUGUUUAUUAAGUCUAUAGGGUUCACGGAGACACUGACUCGGGAGUUUGUCCGUGCUGUACUCCAGGCUAGCUCCUGCACUAAGAUUAAGUCACUGUACAUGCUAGAUUGCGAAUUUGCCUCUCUAGUCACGCUCCUCAAGCCAUUCCAGCGAGUACAGCAUCUCUCUAUAACAGCUUCAAAGCUCAAGAACUUUGCUGAGUUGCCCCUUCUUCCCAAUGUGAUUUCCCUUCAUCUAGAUGGCAAUCUUAUCUCCUCAUGGGCACACUUUCCAGAUGCCCCGAAGCUGACCUUUCUCAGCUUGAACUAUAACAGAUUGGAGAAUUUUAUCCAAUUUCCCUUUGCAAAACUGAAGAAUCUAGAGAUCUUUAGUGCUGUUGGAAACAAUCUAGAGAGCAUCCUUCCUUCCCCAUUGCUGGGGGAAACCGCAGACGGGGAGACAGACGAUUCCGAUACCUUGCUGGCAGUCUGUGAUGAUAGCCUUUGUACAGCAAUGUCGAUUAUGUCCCUGUUUUUUCAAGAGAGACGAAUAAACAGCGUCAACUCAAUGAGCACACUUGAUAUCAUGACAAGAUACUCCAGCUGGAUAAGCCUCAAAACAGGAAGGCAUCUUCUUGCGGGAGGAGAUGCAGCCCCGAGGCCCUUCGAAUCCAAUGCCAUGCUAGGCUCACACAAGCUAUUAGAGCAACGGAUGGUCACAGAAGACCUUUUCCUUGCAGAGGUGGAUAGCACUCUUCCGUACAGGGUGCUUCACGGUCUGUCAGCGUGGAUUUCUGAUGAGGGCGUCGAGUACUUACAGCGCCCAAACAGCUCCAUUAGCUCACUACAAUUUAAGACCUAUUGUUCCCGCUUCCUCCACAAACAGGGGAUUGUCCUUCCUAUUCUCAGAGCAGGGUUUGUGCAACCAGAAGGGAGUGUCAGUGAUAGCUCUCAAGGAGUAUAUAUCGAGAAUAGUCAGUGCUUUUUUCAUGUUGUGCUACUGUCUUCUAAGUAUAAGCUUGUCGAGGUCCUUUUCUAUCACACCUGCUUUGGCUGCCCUCCACAGCUGAUUCAUGGGGUACACAAGCGAAUCGACUCUGGAGCGGGGAGAGACGAAGAUAGCCAUGUAACCAGGUCAUCGUCUAUCUCUAGGCUGUCCAGGCCAGGCUCGUACGCUGCUACGCAUGGAGGAUAUAUGGGUACUGAUGGCUCCUCACUGGUUUCUUACAGCUUUGACUUUGUAUUACCGGCUUCACUCCUUUCCAAUACUUAUGUCAUCGCAUUCAUAAGAGUAGAGGAAAGAACCUCACAAGCACAACGGGCAGCAGGGAACGUGUACCGUCAUGCUGGAACGCAAUUGGAGCAGAGCAAGCACCAGAAUAUCCUCAUGUCUAUCUUGCAGGAUAACUUUGGCACAAAGACAAUGAUGACAAACAUAAGAUCUGUCCAGCUCGAAAUGCACAUAGCCUCUCCUCCAAUUAUCUCCUGUCGGCCCACCAUACGCUCUGCAAACUUCUUGCUAGCGUCCAAAAACCUCCAAGUCGGCAAGCUAAUCAAUCUAAGGUACAGCUAUUCAGGUGGAGAGGAGGGUGACACCACCGUGACAUGGUACAGGUGCGCGAGUGUGUGCAGCACUUGCCAGAACCUGUACAUGAACAACACAGUCUCAGAAAGCUGCAUCUCCGAUGACUCUGAAGAUCAGUGUCUAUGCUCUGCUGUGCCGGACGCCUGCUCGUGUGUGCUAGAGCAGAUAAAACAAGGCAGUGUGACAGAUCAGCCUUCCAUUUGCGAGUAUUUGCCCGCACUUUGCGACGCAAAUAUGUUUCUCAGAACAGAGAUAGUCCCUGUGAGCUAUCAUGGAGUUAUAGGAGAGAAGUUUGUCCUUCUAUCCACACGGAUUAUCGUCGAGGAGGAACAGAUCAUCAAGACCUGCGCAUUGGAAAAGGUCGAUACCUCACAUGCGCUGCUUAACAUAGUGUCUCUGGUGCCAAUUGAUUUAGAAAUUUACUGGUACCAAGAACUCGAUGAUAACGAAAGAGUAUACAUUCCCGAGUUCGACAAUGACCGCGUCUUUGAUCUGAGGAGCUCUAUUAUAGAGCAGUAUCGUCUAUAUGGGUCUAUUCUCAUUGUAUGCGAAGUACUGCUUUAUCCGGUGCCCAUCAACGAUGCAGAGCGGUAUUCGGAUAAUCAGAGCGCGAUGUCAGCAGUCCCCUUGUUGAAAAAGACGCUCCGAGCAGAGUUCUAUGUUAACAGCAUGCGCCGUAAUUCUUCCAGGACGCCACGCGCCCGCUCUACUUCGUCGAGGCAUGAGACCAGAGGGACGAACCCUCGUUCCUUUACGCCACCACAUAAUUUAAAUAAGGAAUAUUGCAAUUAUGAUGACAGCCACGGGCCAAAGGUAGCUCAUACCUCUGAAUUUACCUCCCAAAAAGUUCCCUUUAGAGGUGGCUACUUUGACCGGACGGGGGCACAAUCACCUCUUUGGCAGAAUAUGGAACACCGGGGUGGAGAUGUUGCGCCGGCUGCUGCCUUGAAUCCAGGCAAAAAGUCAGCUCGGUUUUCUGACGAUCAAAAUCGAGACGCCCUAGAGCAAAUCGCCCACCAGCUUCGGCUGGCAGUGAGUUCAGGAAAGUUCGAUGCCCAGAAUGCACCGAGCGCAGCCGCAGAUCCACACUCAUCCCGAAUCAAGUUAGAAAUCUCGCAGCCAGCAACUGUGCUAAAUGCCAUUCACCCGCAUGCAUCUAGAGGCUCUAGGGUAAUGAUCAAUGCGUACAACGACUCCAAAACAGACACUAAUAGUCUAGAUGUCUCCGAGGAUGGAGACGUGGGCAAGAACAUUAUCGCCUCGCGGCAGCGUCUCUCACGGAUUGACCAGUCGCGUGCGUCAGAAGUCCCGAAGAGCCUUGUUCUCCAGGAGAGCAACUACACUGAGUCCUACACCACCUUCCAUGAACCCGCUGAUCACACUGGUUCUACGGCUGUAAAGGUUAAGCAAGAUAGAAUACAAUUUGAGUUUCCCAGCAGCUGCAUAGAUAACUGUUCACUAGACGCAGACGACAACGUUCAGAACAGCUCCAGGCCCAUGUCCUAUCAGGAUUUAGUUAGCAACUCCGCCAGAGACCACAUCCUUACAUCUAAGGGUAUUUUGAGUCCCAUAGUUGUCAUGACAAACACGGCUGUCCAUCAGAACAACCAGAACCGGAGUAGGCUAGGGACUCACCAUAUGACGUCCUCGACCGUGGAAGUAAUGGAUAUGACACAGAACAUAGCGCAUGAUAUCUACAUUCAGCGGCCGGAAAGGCGCAGAAGCAGUAGGCAGAGCGCUAACAUCACCAACAGCGAGCCUUCUGAGCCCUCUCGGGUAUCCGACAAGUUGAGCACCUCUGAGUCUAUUCCGGAACUCGCUAUUUCUCCCCAACCACUUGAUCUGCCAACUUGUGUGCGAGAAAUAGAGAUACCUAUAACUUCUAUUAACCCAGCUGCUCUGUACAGUGACCUAGUGGAAAGCACAGAGGUGGUUGUUGAAUCGGAGGAACUGGGUGACAGAAAUGCUGUCUGCAUUCCCUCACAGCCCACCAAGCUGCAGAAUAUGGAGAAAGGCCCACACGAACGAGAAUCAGAGUGUUCCGGGAUUGAGCCAGCGAUAAUGCCAGGACCUACCAUUGCUCCAUCCAACGAAAGCAACAACACAGAUAUCAGAUCGCUGGAUUCUGUCUCGCAGUCUUUUAGCCAGCUGCUGGACUCGCGAAAGGGUUAUGUGGCUCAGCCUCUGGAGUCUACUUCGGUGAAUCUAGAACCCGUUCGCAACAGCAUAGAGCACGAGCUUUCCAUUAACACUCUUACACCAUCUUAUCGAGGGUCGUCAGCAAGUGAGACGGUUAAGGGUGCGCGCGCUUUUGAGAAUGAGAUGGCCUUUAAGAACAACGUGACUGGCCUGAGGGUAACGAAGGAGGCAUACGUCGUUGGUGACGUCUUAGGGUUUGAAGUGUACGGUGCUAUAGACCAAGGGAUGAGUGUCUUUAUAGUUCGUUCCUAUGCAGAUGGAGUGUUCUUCGAGUCCGGGCUCAUAAAGCUCAAUCCCGUCAAGCUGCUUGAUUAUUGCCAGCUUUUCGUCUACCGCGUGACCCCGUUUGACCUGGGCUCAAGUCUCAGGGUCAUUGUGCGAGCCGAUGGGUCAUUCGGAGCAACCAACCUGGUUGACAGGCUGAUAGAUGCAACAAUAAUAGGGGCAUCGGACAAGGACAUCUCUCUCCUCAUGUGGAGGAGGGUGUGUGCGGAUAAAGCUUACAGGGUAGACUGUGACUGCAAGGAGGACGGCUCUCUGAAGCAAGGAUCGGCUAUAGUUACUUAUAAUGGCAAGCUCUUUUCGUUCAAAUACAAUAAGCGGCUGGUCUAUUCGUGUAAAGACGUGAAGAGGCUUCCUUAUGAGAUAGAGUUCACCCCCAUUUUGACAGAUAACACAUUGUUGUUCAUUAUAAAAGGGUCUAAACCAACAGUUUAUUCCUUGAUUUUUCAACGGAUUGAGGAUUUAGGAUUUAUAUUUUAUCGCCUAUUGUGCACCACUGGUCUAUCGUUGUUAUACCAUUAG